AUGGUGAAACUCACGCUCAUAGCUCGCGUGAGGGAUGGCCAGCUGCUGGCUGAGGGCCUUGAUGGAGAGAAGGAGGAGGGCAUGUACGCGUACAAGACACAAGCCAAGAGCCUCUUCAAGCAGUUCAGCACGAGCAAGCCGCCCCCACGGCAGUCGGUCGCCUCGGGUGACAUGGUGUUCCACACCCUGAUCGACGAGUAUGGCGUCUGCUACCUCACCCUCACAGACAAGGCCUACCCCAAGAAGCUAGCGUACCAGUACCUGGAGGAGCUGCAGAGCGAGUUUUCGCGAAUGCACGGCCCGCAGGUCGAUACGGUCAACCGCCCGUAUGCCUUCAUUAAGUUUGACACAUUCAUCCAGAAGACAAAGAAGUUGUACUUGGACACCAGGACCCAACGAAACAUAGCCAAGCUGAAUCAGGACAUUGCCGAGGUCCACCAAAUCAUGACGCGAAACAUCAAUGACGUCCUAGCGCAAGGAGAGCGCCUCGACAAGAUGCAGGAAAUGUCCACCCUGCUGUCCAAUGAUGCCCGGCAGUUUGCGGUCAAGGCGAAAGACCUGUACCACCAGGCCUUGCUCCGAAAAUACCUGCCGUGGUUCGUGACAGGUGGCAUCGUGCUCCUCGUCCUGGUGCUCAGACUCUGGCUGUACUGA